AUUUCGUCUCUGUCACUCCCACCUCUCCAUUUUCCUGCUCUUCCCCUCCCGACCCUGCACUCCGUUUAUCUUCUUCUCUGCCUCGUACAGCUCCUCGGACAACAUAGGACACCAAUCCUAUGACUUCCCGCAGGGAGAAGAUGGACUCCUCUUUGGCUUUCUGGGCUGCAGUUUUCCUCAUACAGCUCAUUUGUUUCGUGUCCCUGGUGAGUUGUCAGAAGGCUGAACCAGAUAUUCUUGUGGACUCUGGGGCCACGUCUCUCUCUCAUGAGAGGAUUGGCGACAGGCAUUCUAGAGAUUAUUGUGCGAUGUAUGACAUAUGUGGAGAACGCAGCGAUGGGAAAGUUUUAAAUUGCCCGUACAGUUUCCCAGCAGUAGAGCCUGAUGAGCUGUUAUCUGCAAAAAUCCAAAGCCUUUGUCCCACUAUAACUGGAAAUGUUUGCUGUACAGAAGCCCAGUUUGAUACACUACGUGCACAAGUUCAACAAGCAAUACCAUUUCUUGUGGGCUGUCCUGCAUGCUUAAGGAACUUCCUGAACCUCUUCUGUGAGCUUUCUUGCUCCCCUAAUCAAAGUCUUUUCAUCAAUGUAACAGCUGUGGCAGAGGUUAAGAGCAAUGUUACAGUCGAUGCCAUUGACUUUUUUGUUACCGAAGAAUUUGGAGAAGGGUUAUAUAACUCUUGCAAGGAUGUAAAGUUUGGGACAAUGAACACACGUGCACUAGAAUUUAUUGGUGCGGGGGCAAGAAACUACAGAGAGUGGUUUGCGUUUAUUGGCCAGAAAGCAGAGCUCUAUUUCCCUGGGUCACCUUAUGCAAUCAAAUUUAAGACAAGGGUUGCCGAGUCAUCUCCUAUGAAGCUCAUGAAUGUCUCUGUUUAUUCCUGUGGCGACACUUCAUUGGGGUGCUCUUGUGGGGACUGCCCAGCUUCUCCGGCGUGCUCUGGUGUAGGACCUCCUCCUUCGCAUAAAAGUGAUUCCUGUUCCAUCAAAAUUGGAUCUCUUCAGGUCAAAUGCAUUGAGUUUUCGAUGGCUAUAUUGUACGUUGUUUUAGUUGCUGCAUUUUUUGGAUGGACUUUCCGUGGAAAAAGUGAAAGGAGGAGAUCUGCAUCUAUGAAGCAGCCGUUACUGGAUUCUAUGGGGGAAGGUGGAAGUAGUGAGAACGAUGAGAAGCUGCCAAUGAAGGUGCCUGAAUAUAGCAGAAGAGACAACGUUCACUUUUCCUCUGUCCAUGGAUAUGUCACAAGUUUUUACCGGAGUUGGGGUAUAUACGUGGCGAGAAAUCCAGCUCGCGUGCUGUGCUUGUCAUUGGCUGUUGUCCUCUUACUUUGUGUAGGUCUCGUUCGUUUCGAGGUGGAAACCCGGCCAGAGAAGCUGUGGGUUGGCCCUGGGAGUAAAGCAGCGGAAGAGAAACAGUUUUUUGACAGUCAUCUUGCUCCCUUCUAUAGGAUCGAGCAGCUCAUCUUAGCAACUCUUCCUGAUGCCAAUAGUGGUGCGAGACCAAGCAUUGUCACAGACAGUAACAUCCAGCUGCUUUUUGAGAUACAGAAAAAGAUUGAUGGAAUCAGUGCUAACUAUUCUGGAUCAGUGGUGUCCCUAACCGACAUUUGUUUGAAGCCACUUGGGGAAGAUUGUGCAACUCAAAGUAUACUGCAGUAUUUUAAGAUGGAUCCUGAAAAUUUCGAGACAUACGGAGGAGUGACCCAUGCUGAAUAUUGCUUUCAGCAUUAUACAUCAGCAGAGACAUGUCUGAGCGCAUUUAAAGCUCCACUAGAUCCAAGCACUGCACUGGGGGGAUUUUCUGGAACUAAUUAUUCUGAGGCAUCCGCAUUCGUCGUCACCUACCCAGUUAAUAAUGCUGUAGAAGAUGCCAAUGAUGCGAAUGGUAGGGCCGUGGCAUGGGAGAAGGUUUUCGUUCAAUUAGCGAAGGAGGAGCUGCUGCCACUUGUGCAGUCCAACAAUCUCACCCUUUCAUUUUCUUCUGAAAGCUCAAUUGAGGAAGAACUGAAAAGAGAAAGCACUGCAGAUGUUGUGACAAUAGUGGUGAGCUACCUUGUUAUGUUUGCUUACAUAUCGGUGACAUUGGGAGAUACACCUCGCUUAUCCACAUUUUAUAUCUCCUCGAAGGUGUUACUUGGUCUUUCGGGAGUUAUCAUUGUGUUGCUCUCUGUUCUUGGGUCAGUUGGAUUUUUCAGUGCUUUGGGAGUCAAAUCUACUUUAAUCAUAAUGGAAGUCAUUCCUUUCCUAGUCUUAGCGGUUGGAGUGGAUAACAUGUGUAUAUUGGUUCAUGCUGUGAAAAGGCAACCUUCAGAUUUGCCUUUAGAGAAUCGAAUAAGUAACGCGCUUGUUGAAGUCGGACCAUCAAUAACAUUAGCUAGCUUGUCUGAGGUCCUUGCAUUUGCAGUUGGUGCUUUUAUUUCUAUGCCAGCCUGCCGUGUCUUCUCGAUGUUUGCUGCUUUGGCUGUUCUAUUGGACUUCCUUCUUCAAGUCACUGCAUUUGUUGCAUUAAUAACAUACGACUUCAGAAGAGCCCAGGAUAACAGGAUUGAUUGUUUCCCAUGCAUAAAACUCAAUUAUUCUGAGGCAUACGAUGAAGGAUCUGAUCAGAGAAGACCAGGACUGCUAGUCCGAUAUAUGAAGGAAAUUCAUGCUCGUAUACUUGGAAUCUGGGGGGUUAAAGUGUUCGUCGUUGCUGUCUUUGUUGCAUUUACCCUAGCAAGCAUAGCAUUAACUACUAGGAUUGAAGCUGGAUUGGAGCAACAAAUUGUUCUUCCUCGGGACUCCUACCUUCAGGGGUAUUUCACCAAUGUCUCCGAGUAUCUCAGAAUUGGACCACCAUUAUAUUUUGUUGUUAAGGGGUACAACUAUAGCACUGAAUCAAGUCACACCAACAAGUUAUGCUCUAUCAGCAAUUGUGACUCAAACUCUCUUCUCAAUGAGAUAUCAAGAGCCUCUUCAACCCCAGAAUCAAGUUAUAUAGCUAAGCCAGCAGCAUCCUGGUUGGACGAUUUUCUCGUGUGGUUAUCUCCCGAGGCUUUUGGUUGCUGUAGGAAAUUCAUAAAUGGUACUUAUUGCCCUCCCGAUGAUCAGCCUCCGUGUUGUUCACCAGAUGAAGGCUUAUGUGGGUUUGGUGGUGUAUGCAAAGACUGCACGACGUGCUUUCGCCGAUCUGAUCUGUUAAAUGGCCGGCCUUCUACGACACAAUUUAAGGAGAAGCUUCCUUGGUUCCUUGAUGCACUGCCAUCAGCUGACUGCGCAAAGGGUGGGCAUGGGGCUUACACGAGUAGUGUUGAUCUAAAUGGUUAUGAGAGUGGUGUCAUUAGAGCAUCAGAAUUUCGGACAUAUCACACGCCUCUCAAUAAUCAAGGCAAUUAUGUUGACUCUCUGCGUGCUGCCAGAGAGUUCAGCUCCAGAGUUUCUGAUUCUUUGCAGAUGGACAUAUUCCCAUAUUCAGUCUUCUAUAUCUUCUUCGAGCAAUACCUCAACAUAUGGAGGGUAGCUUUGAUCAACAUCUCUAUUGCACUUGGUGCUAUAUUUGUUGUUUGUUUGGUGUUCACAUCGAGUUUAUGGAGUUCGGCGAUCGUAUUGAUUGUUUUGGCAAUGAUGGUCGUAGAUCUGAUGGGCGUCGUGGCAAUUCUGAAUAUCCAGUUGAAUGCCGUCUCCGUCGUAAACCUCAUCAUGUCAAUUGGGAUCGCUGUUGAAUUUUGCUUGCAUAUAUUACAGGCGUUCCUGGUAUCACGAGGUGAUCGAGACCAACGAAUGAGAGGGGCUCUCAGUACCAUGGGGGCUUCUGUCUUCAGUGGCAUUACACUGACGAAACUGUGUGGAGUAAUCGUCCUUUGCUUCUCUAGAUCAGAAAUCUUUGUGGUUUACUACUUCCAAAUGUACCUUGCACUGGUUCUCAUAGGUUUCUUGCAUGGCCUCGUGUUUCUACCAGUGGUGCUUAGUCUGUUCGGCCCCCCGUCUAUAUCUACUCCUCCUGCUCCUCCAGAACUUAGUUGAUGCCGAGAAGAAGCGUGGAAGAAGCGAAACUUGGCGUUACAUUACGAGUUUUCCUGUUUCUUACAGCAAUUGAUACAUGUACAGAGGAGAAUUCUGAAUGCUCUGUAACAGAUUUUUACGUUAUUCUCAUAGAAGAUACUAGAGUUCAAUCCCGUGCACAGCUUGUGUUCGAUAUUAUAUCCCGCAUGGUACAAUGAUCUUUUCUAUAUAUUUCCGGUAGUAAUUGUAUGUACCAUUGCGUCUGACGUUAGGCUUAGCGAUUGUAGAACCAUCCAUGAUUUGGUGAACCUGAGUUGAUUAUAAUGAACUUUUGUAA